UGACAUUCCUUAACUACAGCACGCUAGUACAGUACGCUACAACAAUACAUUUGUUUCCUGGCAAAGUACGGAAGUUGUUCACCUGUUUAAGUGCUGUAUUGUAUUGUUCAGGAAUUCAGAUGCUUUUGUUGAGUACACUACUCCGAAAGGCUUCUUGUAAGCCCGCGAAAUUUUGGUGAUUGAAGACCAUACCAAGUCGUACCUGGAUUCAACAGCUGUUCAUCAUGCCAGGCCACAGGAGGCAGGGCAGCAUUGAGCUGUUGGAACUGUUUAGAGUGGUGAAGGAGAAUGGCAGUGAGUCCGGUGCACCUCCACCUGUGCACACUCCACUAUCAUAUGACUUUGUCCUAGUUGCAAAAGAAAUUACUGACCAGGAGAAAGAGGCAUUCAAGAAGCAAGUUGCAUUCAUUGAAGCACUAAAGAGGAAGAACUUAAAAAUCACAAAAAUCAUAGAUGACGACAUAGUCUUCUACGGGAUUCAAGCCCCCAUCGGGAUAUUUGAAAAGUACAGGUACCUGCUAAAAGUGUCGGAUGCAUGUAACUGGAGCUGUGAACAACAGGGUACAAUACCACUCUCCACCAGAAUCCGGAUUGUCCACUUCAUCUUGAAUAACACCUGCCUUGACACAGGAGAAGACCUGCGGGGUCUCAUGAAGAAGAAUGUUUUUGACGCAAAGUUCUGUUUGCAUGAGAAAAAGAUACAGAAGGAACUGACGAAAAGCUGGGCACGAUGGAGCGCUUGCUUCCAGGGGCAACCAAUCACAGCAGUCAGGAACUACUUUGGAGAAAAGGUAGCCCUUUACUACCUGUGGCUGGGCUGGUACACAUGUCUGCUCAUCCCAGCUGCUGUCAUAGGGGUCAUUGUAUUCCUCUAUGGGUUGGCCUUUUUCAACACCUCUCCACUCGUAAAGGAGAUUUGUGAGUCUGACGCUGUCAUGUGUCCCCUUUGUGACAAGAGAUGCAAAGUGUGGCAGCUUUCUGACACUUGCGAUUACGCUAAGGUAAGCCUUCUAUUUGACAAUGAGGGGACAGUUGCGUUUGCUAUGUUCAUGGCAAUAUGGGCCACUUUGUUCUUGGAGUUUUGGAAAAGACACCGGGCUUCCUAUGUCUGUGAAUGGAAGGUGUUUGAUUGGUCCGAGGAGGAGGAGGAGUUGAUCUUGGACAUUGUAAAUGAUGGAGAAUGUGAGCCCAAAGAAUAUAAGCAUUCCUAUCUUCGUAGCACCGUGGUUCUGAUCCUGGUCACCUUGAUGAUGCUGCUGAUCCUUGGCCUGGCCCACGCCCUGGUGGUGUUCCGGGUGCUGGCUACUGUGCUGCUGGUGGAGUCUCCCUCGGAAUUUCUCCGUGAUCACUCCAACACAGCUGCUGUGAUAUUGGGGGCAUUGGUGCACUUCUUCACCAUUAGCAUCAUGGCACAUGUCAACAGGAAGGUAGCACUCAAGCUUUGUGAAAUAGAGAAAACGAGGUCCUUUGCUGCCACCGAGAGGAGCUUCACUGUCAAGAUGUUCACCUUCCAGUUCUUCACCUACUUCUCCUCACUCUUCUACGUGGCAUUUUUCCUGGGUAGGAUAAAUGGACAUCCAGGUGGCUAUGUGCGGAUUGCAGGGAAGUGGAGACUGGAAGAAUGUCACCCAAGUGGUUGCCUCACAGACCUUUUUAUCCAGAUGGCCAUCAUUAUGGUGCUCAAACAGACGGUCAGCAAUGUCUUUGAGUUUGCCGGCCCCUGGUUCUGCAGGUGGUUCAAAAGGAGGAAGACCAAGUUCACGAGGAGGUGUCUUCAUUGUUACCACAAAGAAGGCUCCAACGCCGAAGAGGUGGCGAAUCUGUGUGACAACUGCACGCUAAAGGAUUUACUCUGCAACUACCGUCUGAAUGAUGUUGACUCCUUUAGCCUUUUCGAGGAGUUCCUGGAGAUGGUGAUCCAGUUCAGCUUCACCACCAUCUUCGUGGCGGCGUUUCCUCUGGCUCCUCUUCUUGCUCUUAUGAAUAACAUCAUAGAGAUACGUCUGGACGCCAUUAAAAUGGGGCUGGAACGCAGAAUGGUGCCCAAGAAAACCAACGAUAUCGGUGUGUGGACUGAUGUUUUGGAGGCCAUUGGUGUGUUGGCAGUCAUUGCUAAUGGGCUAGUCAUCGGGGUCUCAUCAGACUUCAUCCCACGUUUGGUGUACCGCUAUUGUUAUGGCCCCUGUGCCAACAGCAAUGUGACAGGUGUCGACUGCAUGGCGGGCUACAUCAACAACACUCUGUCCAUUGUACGUGUGGAUGACCAGAUCAUCCAUAGUGAAUUUUUACCCAACCAGAUGAUAACUCACAGUGGAGUGAACGUCACCGCCUGCAGUUAUAAAGACUACAGAAGUAACGAGGACUUCAGCCUCACUCGACAGUACUGGCUGAUAUUAGCAGUGCGGUUUGCCUUUUACAUGCUUUUUGAGCACGUGGUCGUCAUAUGCAAAUUCAUUGCAGCCUGGUUUGUUCCAAGUGCACCCAUGCAAGUUAAGAAUGACAGACUCCAUGACAAACUCCGUAGGCUGAAGGAGGAGCUUCGGUCGUCUAAGGUAUGAAAACCUUAGACAGGUUGGAGUUAUAUGAAGGUAGAGCACUUCAGUGUGUCCACACACCCAGAUUGAUGAGUCUACUGAGGAAUAAUAUUGUUAUCUCAAUGACGUGCGUUUGUUAAAAUGUAUGGUCAAAUGUUGAAGUGCUGGCCAAAUGAAUUUUGGCAAGUGUUAUUGACGGUACAGUUUGUAUUGUGAGUGUUUGUGGAGUUACUUGGGCCUUGUACAACCUUUUACUACUUUUCCUUGCAGUGUUUUGUUUUUGUAUAUCCUUUGUUGUAUAUUCUUGACAUUGUCAUUGAUGAUUACCUAUCAUCACAAUUUUCCAAGGACGAAAUGCAAAAAAAUAAAAAAUAAAACUUUUUUGUACAGAAAA